AUGGACUCCUCUCUCCUCUCGACGGCGACGGCCGAGACCUUCAACGGCAAUGCGGCGGAGCAGAUUGCUCCUCCGAUGCAGCCUCCGGGCACGGAUAUGACUGGAAUUUGCUUCAGGGAUCAGCUCUGGAUCAAUUCAUACCCUCUUGACCGUAACUACGUCUUCGACUACUUCGCUUUGUCUCCCUUUUACGAUAUCACCUGCAACAACGAGACGCUUCGUCGGAGAUCCAUUCACCCUCUCGAUCACUCUCACCUCUCGAAGAUGACAGGCCUAGAAUAUGUGAUCUCUGAUGCUACUGAGCCAAAUCUGUUCGUCUUUCGUAAGCAGAAGAGGGAUGGUCCAGAGAGAGUCACACCGAUGCUGACAUAUUAUAUCUUGGACGGUACUAUAUACCAAGCUCCUCAGCUUUGUAGCGUCUUCGCAGCUCGAGUGGGUCGUGCUGUUUAUAACAUAUCAAAGGCUUUCUCUGUUGCUGCAUCGAAAUUGGAAACCAUUAGACAGGUUGAUGCUGAAAGCGAGAAGAAGGAAGCUUCGGAGCCAAAGCCUGCUAGUGAGACGGUUGAUCUAAAGGAAAUGAAGCGAGUCGAUGUGAUUCUUACUUCUUUAUAUCGCAAGUUACCUCCAGCUCCUCCGCCACCACCGUUUCCUGAAGGAUAUGUUAGCCAAGAAGCAUUAGGAGAGAAGGAAGAGCUUGGAACACAAGGAGGAGAGUCUCAACAGCCUCAGAUUGAUCCUAUUAUCGAACAAGGUCCUGCUAAAAGAAUCAAGUUCUAA